AAGUGAGAAUCUUUAUAAUAAAUGAAUGGUUUUAUAUCAAGGUGAUCCAAUGUUAGUUGUUAUCAGACUGGAUUAAGCUGAGAGUUUUUGGUUUCUGGGGUGCCCACUUACUGUUUGAAGAAAUGAAUGAGAUAAAAGCUUGAGUCUUUUGGCUUUGUUCUUUAUGGAAACUUGAACCCAUUUUGAAUUACAACAUUUCCAAUCAUGAAAAAUUUCAGAUGAAAUGAGGGUGUGGGUUUUUGAGGAGACAUUGCCAAGUGGUGAGAAGCUCACAGAUGUCAUCAACCGAACUAAUGAAAAUGUCAAGUAUCUUCCUGGGAUUAAGCUUGGUAAAAAUGUUGUUGCAGACCCCAACCUUGAAAGUGCAGUGAAGGAUGCAAACAUGUUAGUUUUUGUUACGCCGCAUCAAUUUAUGGAGGGGAUAUGCAAGAGUCUUGUUGGGAAGAUAGAGGGAGAUGUUGUGGCCAUUUCGCUUAUCAAAGGGAUGGAGGUUAAGAAGGAAGGCCCCUGCAUGAUCUCCAGUCUCAUCUCCAAGGAGCUCAGCAUUAACUGUUGUGUACUGAUGGGGGCAAAUAUUGCAAACGAGAUUGCUGUGGAGAAGUUUAGUGAAGCAACGGUUGGAUACAGAGGCAACCGAGAGAUUGCAGAGAAAUGGGUUCAGUUAUUUAGUACUCCUUACUUCAUGGUCACACCU